UCAGGUUCUAGGGUCUGCAAGGAACGAGAAGUAGAAGAUGGGGAAGCAGCCGGUGAGGAUGAAGGCGGUGGUGUACGCGCUGUCGCCGUUUCAGCAGAAGAUAAUGAAGGGGCUCUGGAACGACCUGCCCAACAAGAUCCACCACAAAAUCUCAGAGAAUUGGAUCAGUGCCACUCUCCUCCUCGGCCCUCUCGUUGGCACCUACACGUAUGUCCAGCAUUAUGAGGAAAAGGAGAAGUUGGCACAUAGAUACUGAAGCCGAUGCUUUCCCUUUUAUUGAAAGAACUGUGUUGCUACCGCGAAGUGGCAUGUCAUGAUAGGCUUUAUUCUCUAUUUGGGACUACACUAGCCUUGGUUUGCUUGUUUUUUCUCUGCAUGUUGAGCUUUUGCCCCAUUCCAAAUGAACUAAUUUGGUUUGUGAAAUUCUAAAUAUCGUUCAAUAGACACCGCAAUAUCAGUGGUGGAAUAAAGUUGAUUAACAGAAGUUCUAUUGGUCCA